AUCAACAUGAAAUCUUCAAGAGGAAGCAUGUUUGUUAAGAAUAAGACAAUGCCAAGUUUAACAGAAGUUGGGAGCGAGAGGAAGAAGCAUAGAAGGCAUUUUGGAUCAAUGGCCACCUUGGAAACAACCAGGAACUCCAAGGCUGUAGUCCAGAACCCUACUCAGUUGUUCAUAAAGCGUAUGAAAAUUAAGAAUGCCAGAAAUAAUACGAAUACACCUGUUUCUAACAUGAAAAUGAAACAAAAAAAAAUGAAUAAUUAUAUCGUGAACAAUCCUUCAAACUAUUUGAUGACUCCGAGAAAUCUGGAGGUCAACAAAGACCAGCUAUUUACCCCUAGGAUUGUUAUGAAGAGAAAGAAAGGAGUGAAGAGCAGCAUCAAUCCAAUUAAGAAAUUCAGCCAGCUUCAUUCUGAAGUCUCUGAAUUUAAAGAAGAUCUUCCUAAGAUGAACUCUGUUGAGACCCAACCCAUUAAAGAUGAGAGUGAGGAUGAUAGGAAAAGAAGGAUAUUACAGAAAACAGUUUCAUUGUUGUCAAUGACUCCUAGCUCCAAUGUAUCCAAGGCAUCCUCUACUUCACGCAUCAAGUUCUUUAAGUUCAGCUCGAAGCAACUGAACAUGAAGAUACAUGAUAAUGUCAGCGUGAUCAAAUAAUUCAAUCAAAAAUUAUAUUCGGAGCUUUGAAGAUUUCUAUAGUAAGAUAUCUUGAACCAAAUCUUUGGCUCUCAGCAAAAAUCGAGCAUAAAUAGCAACUUUACAUGAACCUUAACAAUUUCAAAAGAUUUCUUAGUGAAAAUUUUAUUUUUCUUAAAGUUAAUACUUUUGAGCAAGAAUUUUUUAAACCUACCAAUUUCUUUACAAG